ACAUUACUCCAAAAUUUCAAGAUCCAGUCCUUUUCAAAGAGUAGCAGGUUGUGCACGUAAAUUUUACAGCAGAUCAACCAUAAUUCUCUGCAUGAAAUCCAAUUGUAAAACAGCCCUAAUAAACCAAUAAUACCCACAACACUGUUUAUGUGUAUGGCAAAACAGAAGUUUUGUCAAGCCAUAUGAUUUAUGAAUGAAUUAAUGCAAUUACAUGCGUAUUGUUGUCAUGGUUGUGGAGUUUAAUGGGUACAACUGUGAGGGAUGGAGGAUGUUAUGGUAAGGUAGCCAAGGGUAUAGAAUCUUUUGUGGUACAUGGGGUUCGUCUUCAGACCCGUACAAGAGCACCAUAACCAUUAGAUUUCAAGGCUUAGGGGUACAAAUGCAGGCUUUUUCCUUGUUGAGAACUGUUGAGCAGUAUGAAUUCUGUAAUACCCACAUCAACAAUUCAACCCAAUUUGUCCACUCUGUAGUACCCACAUCAGUAAUCCAGCAUACAGUAUAACUGCUGUAAUACCCACCUCAAGAAUUCUGUCAGCCAUUAGUGUGAGUUACAAUAUACCCCACAUCCAGAAUUCAGCCCACUAAUGUAAGAGUUGCAAUACCCUGUGAAGAAUCCACCUUAUGGUGUGCCUACUGUAGUAUUCACCUCAAGAAUUCUACCAAGGCCCAGAGUAAUACCCAAAUGAAGGUUUCAGUUCUUCUAUGCAGUAGUAGCAUGAAUGAAGCAGGACCAUAAGUGAGGUCUUAAUUUAGCUUUAGGGUGAGUUUUAGUCGCACUGACUACUGCACACUGUUGUUACUUUAGUAGUGGGCCUCUUACAAGUUACCAGCUUUUGCCUGCAUAUUUUCAGGUGUUUAAGCAGUAGUCUGCCUGCAGGAUGAGUUGAAAGUAGUCAUGUCCUCCGUGCUUGGCCAUAGGGUUGCAGCAGAGUGCAUUUAAUACUGAGAUAAAGGCAUCCUGUACCUGAUGAUCAGGCAGCAGACUUAGACUUUCUGUCCAUAUAUUACAACAAUCAUCAGUGACCACAUACAUGUCCAUCAAUCUGUUGCUCAUCCAUAUACACGGACUGUGUGCAAACACAGAUCUGGCAGUGAUAGUCCUCAUGAAAAGAUCUCUAGUGGGAAUUGGCACACAUGCUCACCUACAAGAUAGUUGCAUCAUGAAUAAAAUAGAAUAUAAAGUUUUUUAACGUCCACGAGGGCCAUAGCCAGCUCUUUUGACCCAGUUAGUCAUUGCUACCAGUGAAUUGAUCAACUAUUCUCCUAGUGUUUUCUCAUGCUUUUUUUUUUGUGUUCUUAAUCCUAUCCAUGUUUUGGUCAUUUAUGCUCCAUCUUCAUGAACAAUGGUACAGUAGGGAUAUAACAACUUGCUGGCCAGCUCCUCAUAUUCUGCUGCCCAAGGGAAAAAAUAUAUUGUUCUCCUUCCAGAUAAAAAUGCAGAUUCUAGGCUCAGUGCAUACAGAGGAUUCUGUUUGUCUUUAGCUUUUAUGCUUUUGCUCCGACAAGCUACCAUUAUGCUUUGACAUCAUAUGCACAACCAGGGUCAUGGGAUCUUAUAACAAAGUGUGUGAACAGUCCUCAACAAGACCUUCAAAAGAAAAAGGAUGUCUUACACUCACUGCUCAUAGAAAAACAUCACCACGUGUUGAGUCUUGAUUGCAAUCUAGACUGUGUUAAAGUGAACACCAUAAAUAACCGAAUUAUCAAAACUGUCUAUGCAUUCUUCUUUCUCCUUUGUUUUAUCACCUAGAAUAGUUCCAGGGCUAUCUAUCUUACUAUAUAUAUAGAAACACGCAAACAUGAUCAGUGCAAAAGACUUGUACACGGUAAUAAGUGCAGUAGUCCCUCUGUACGUGACAAUGUUUCUGGCUUAUGGGUCUGUGAAAUGGUGGAAGAUCUUCAGCCCGGAGCAGUGUGCGGGGAUCAAUAGAUUUGUUGCAAUAUUUGCAGUCCCUCUUCUGUCAUUUGAGUUCAUCUACAAAAUCAAUCCAUACGAGAUGAACUUCAGAUUCAUUGCAGCAGAUGCCUUAUCCAAGGCCAUAGUGCUCCUAGUGCUGGUUCUGUGGGUGAGUUUUUCUGAAAAAGGAAGCUUGGAUUGGGUUAUUACAAUAUUCUCACUCUCAACUCUUCCAAAUACUCUUGUCAUGGGCAUACCCCUUUUGAAGGCCAUGUAUGGAGACUAUGCUGGGACUCUGAUGGUGCAAACUGUUGUCUUGCAGUGCAUUAUCUGGUAUACACUCAUGCUGUUUCUUUUGGAAUAUAGAAGUGCUAAAAUGCAGUUAGCCGAGCAGUCUGCUGGAGCAGCUAAUUCCAUGACUUCUUUCAAAGUUGAAUCAGAUGUUAUUUCCCUGGACGACAGAGAGUUUAUGCAGACUGAUCCCGAGAUGGGCCAGGAUGCAAAAGUCCAUGUUAAUUUGAAGAAAUCAUUUUCGUCAGUGGAAGGGAAUUCUGCUACUUCUUCUCAGAGAUUUCCCUCAACCAAAUCUUUUAGGCCCAUCAACCAUUCGGAUGCAUAUUCUCUCCAAUCCUCAAGGAAUUUAACCCCCAGGGAUUCAAGCUUCAACAAAGCAGAUUAUGUUUCUUUGAUGUCAGAAGGCCCAGCUCAAUCAAAUAGUAAGAGUAACAGUAACAGUAACAGCCACAGCCCCAGCCCAUAUGAGUGUGAUGCGCCACUUUCACACAAUUCCUCACUGGGCCACACUCCUAGAACGUCAAACAGCAAUGAAGAUCAUCACUACAGAGACCUCAAUUUGGGAAUUAGGACAGUAAAUACAAGUUCAAAUUGCAACGGAGUGAUCUCCGAUGGAUUGAAGAGUUAUAGCACCAGUCUAGAACCACUAGAGAAAGGUAACAUACAGAGAGAUUUAGUACAUGGGAGCCACAGGGAAUGUCUAAAUGGUAAUGCAGUAAACAAUUCUGGGGGUAGGAGUUUGUACGGUGGAAGCAAUUUGAGUGUUAGUUUUUCACCCAAUGCUGUGCAGUUAACAAAGAGAAUUCCUGAUUCCAGAAGCUCUCCUAAGCUAUAUGACGAAGAUGCAAAGGAGCUACAUAUGUUUGUUUGGAGUUCUAGUGGUUCCCCUGUUUCUGAAGGAGGUUUGCAAUUAUUGGGUGGAAGUGAUUUGGCUAUGGGGGAUAGCUCUCGUCGUGAAUUUGACAAUAUUAGAGAAGAACGGGCUACAACCACACCUGCAAAUGGACAAAUGGGAACCUUAGGCCCGAGACCAGAAUCAGGACAGCUGUCUGAAGAAUAUUUGCAGGGACAAAAUUUCAGUUAUGGAAACAAAGAUACAAUGGUGGCCAAUGCAAGAUCAGAAGACAGAGAAGGUCCAAGGCUCUCAAAGUUCACUUCAAGCUCUACCGCAGCUCUUACACCAAGGAUUCUAGGUGAAGCUGAUGGAAAAGGAAACAAAUCACCACAUGCAGUGGCCAUGAUCAGCUUAAUUAUCAAUAUGGUGUUCCGUAAACUAGUACGAAAUCCAAAUUCCUAUGCAAGUGUUGUAGGAAUUGUAUGGGCUCUUGUUUCUUACAGAUGGCAUCUUGAGAUGCCUCAGAUUGUCAAAGGUUCUGUAACAAUCUUGUCAAACGCGGGCCUUGGUAUGGCAAUGUUUAGUCUAGGCUUAUUCAUGGCUUUACAGCCUAAAAUCAUAGCAUGUGGGACAUCUCUUGCAAUAUUUGGAAUGAUUCUUCGUUUUCUUAUUGGACCUGCAGUAAUGGCAGUGGCUUCAAUUGCAACUGGUAUUAGAGACAGUGUAUUGCAUAUUGCAAUUGUACAGGCUGCAUUGCCUCAAGGAAUUGUUCCAUUCGUCUUUGCAAGAGAGUACAAUUUGCAUCCGGAUGUCCUUAGUACAGCGGUGAUAUUCGGCAUGAUUGUCUCUAUGCCAGUAACAAUAUUGUACUAUGUGCUUCUUGGAUUGUGAGUUUGGUUCCAGUUCUUGAAAAGUGAGGUCUCUGGAUAGAGCUGAUAUGGAGCAGCAUUGUCCCUGUGUUGAGGUUUGGGCAUGGUGGGAUCUCUGCUCUGGAAGGAAGCAUCGAACUUCCAGACUGAAGAAAACUAAUGGCAUACCAUACCAUUACACCACCUUCUCUACCACAUCAAUCUCCUUGGAAGAAGACAUUACAGUUAUAAACACUAUACUCAUAUGCAAAAGCUCCAGUUGAGCAAGCCGGAGUAAUGGAGAGCAAUGUGGGUCACAACGUGGUCUGGCCCAAUUUUUAUUCCUCUCCAAGAAGAGAUGCAGGAAGUUGAGAUGUAUACUAUGUAGAAGAAAAACAAUUUCAUAUUCUUAUAUAUUGUCUGGUUCACAAAUUCCUUCAACCAUUUAAAAGUAAAUACAGAUCAUACUUUUUGAUUUUUGGGAAAUCCAAUUGGGUGCUCUGAUUUUACUGAGCAUUAAACCUCAAA